AUGUCAUUUCCACCUGAAGAUGUUUCAAAAAUAGUACAAGAAAUUGCAGAAAUAUUAAGAUCAAGAAAUCAAACAUUAGCAAUAUCAGAAGCAGCAUGUGGAGGUUUAAUCUCAGCAUAUAUAGUGUCAGUUCCAGGUGCAAGUAAUUUCUAUAUUGGUGGGAAAUUGGUCUAUUCCUUGAAGCAACGAUUGAAAUUAUCAGGAUGGUCAGAAGAAGAAAUUUCAAAUUAUAUGGGACCUUCACAACAGGUCGCAUUAAAAUUGGCAAGAACGGCGAAAUAUGAAUUGGGUUCUACGUAUGUGUUAUCAGAAACUGGAUAUGCUGGACCUUCCAAUGAUUUACAUAUACUGAAUGGUGAUGAUGAUAAGGAAGAUACUAAGGGAAAGACAGAAUCUGAUGAUAAGAGUCAGUCAGUAGGAACUGUAUAUAUUGGAUUAUCAGGUCCAGAUGGAGAAGUCUCAACUUGGAAGAAUACUGGAUCUGUUGAUAGAUCUAAGAAUAUGACUGAAUUUGCAAAGUUGGGUUUAGAGUUUUUAUUGGAACAAUUAAGAAAAGUUGAAGACAAGGAAGUAAAAUAA